UUCCCGCCAAAACAGAUUUCCGCGGCACUAUAUACCUGUGUAUACUUGUUGAUUGCAUUUUUGUUGAAUCUUUUAAUUUAAAUAAAUAUUCGCAUAUGACAUGGAAGGUUUUGACGAUCCAGGAGUGUUCUUCUCGGAUAACUUUGCGGUAGACGAGUCUGACGAAAAUCGCGUAAAUCUUCAACACUCGAAGAAGAAGUUUAAAGAAUUCAUUCGACAGUUUCACGAGGGUAACUUCAACUACAAAUAUCGGGAUACUUUAAAACGUAAUUACAAUCUGGGUCAAUAUUGGCUAGAGAUCAAUUUGGAAGAUCUAGCAGCUUUUGACGAAUCUCUUGCAGAAAAAAUUCAAAAGAUUCCAACAGAAUAUUUACCAAUUCUUGAGGAGGCUGCAAAAGAUGUCGCGGAUGAACUUACAACACCUCGGCCUGAAGGUGAAGAGAAAGUGGAAGAUAUUCAAGUAUUGUUGUGUUCGGAUGCUCAUCCAACCUCCCUGAGAGGAAUGAAGCCAGAUAUUGUUUCUAAACUUAUUAAGAUUCCUGGUAUAAUUGUUUCUGCAUCUGGUAUCAGAGCAAAAGCAACAAAAAUUGCAAUACAAUGUCGUUCUUGCAAAGUUACUCAAGUCAAUAUUCCUAUCAAGCCAGGUUUGGAAGGAUAUUCAUUACCUAGGAAAUGUUCUACAGAACAAGCAGGUCGACCAAGAUGUCCUCUAGAUCCUUUCUUUAUAAUGCCAGAUAAAUGUCGUUGCGUGGAUUUUCAAGUAUUGAAACUUCAAGAAUUACCGGAUCAUAUACCACAGGGGGAAAUGCCUAGACAUUUGCAAUUAUAUUGCGAUCGGUAUUUAUGUGACAGAAUUGUGCCUGGUAAUAGAGUUUUGAUUCUUGGGAUAUAUUCCAUUAAAAAGGUAUCUAAAACAGGUGGCAAAGGUAACAGCAGAGAGAAAACAUUAGUAGGUGUUCGAGCUCCAUAUAUUCGAGUUCUUGGUAUCACUGUAGAUGGAGAAAAUACAAACAUUGGUACUCAGCCACCUGUGUCAUCUGAAGAAGAAGAUCUAUUCACCCGUUUAGCGGCGGAUCCUAAUCUAUAUGAGAGAAUUGCAAAGAGCAUAGCUCCUAGUAUUUUUGGUGCAGUAGACAUUAAGAAAGCUAUCGCGUGUUUAUUAUUUGGUGGAUCCAGAAAAUUAAUGCCAGAUGGCUUAUGUAGGAGAGGUGAUAUCAAUGUCUUGAUGUUGGGUGAUCCAGGUACCGCUAAAUCGCAGUUAUUAAAAUUUGUAGAAAAAGUCGCCCCUAUAGCUGUUUAUACAUCGGGAAAGGGUAGCUCCGCGGCUGGUUUGACUGCGUCUGUGUCGAGAGAUCCAGUAACUAGAAAUUUUGUCAUGGAGGGCGGUGCAAUGGUACUCGCGGAUGGUGGGGUUGUCUGCAUAGAUGAAUUCGACAAGAUGAAGGAGGACGACAGAGUAGCGAUACAUGAGGCUAUGGAGCAACAAACAAUUUCUAUAGCGAAAGCGGGGAUAACGACGACUCUGAAUACGCGUUGUUCUGUGUUAGCUGCAGCAAAUUCGGUGUUUGGUCGUUGGGACGACAUAAAAGGAGAAGAGAACAUAGAUUUUAUGCCGACAAUAUUAUCACGUUUUGAUACGAUAUUUAUUGUUAAAGAUGAACACGAACAAAAUAGAGACAUAACUUUAGCCAAACAUAUUAUGAACAUUCAUUGUAAUGCUGGCCAGAUCACAGAACAAUCGAUAGAAGGGGAGAUACCUGUACACAUUCUCAAAAAGUAUAUUAAUUAUUGCAGAAUGCGUUGUGGUCCAAGGCUCAGUGCAGAAGCAGGGGAAAAACUGAAAAAUCGUUACGUAAUGAUGCGAGCUGGUACAAGAGAACAUGAGAAAGAUUCUGAGAAAAGAUUGUCUAUACCUAUAACAGUUCGGCAGCUUGAGGCUGUCAUACGAAUUUCCGAAGCCCUGGCCAAAAUGCAGAUGCAACCCUUUGUUACUGAACUCCAUGUUAACGAGGCUCUAAGACUUUUCCAAGUGUCUACAUUAGAAGCAGCAAUGUCUGGAUCAUUAGCAGGAGCUGAAGGAUUUACCUCAGAAGAGGAUCAUGAAAUAUUGUCGCGCAUCGAAAAGCAAUUGAAAAGCAGAUUUCCUAUUGGACAUCAAGUAUCUGAACAAAAUAUAGUGAAAGAUUUUCUUAAACAAUCAUUUCCAGAACGAGCUAUUUACAAAGUCAUACAUACAAUGAUACGUCGCGGUGAACUGCAACAUCGUUUGCAACGUAAGAUGUUAUACAGAUUGCAUUAA